AUGAAAGCAAUGAAGAAGACUGGAGAGCAGCCCGAUGCGAGGGAUCUGUGGUUCACAAAGUGUAUGGCAGCCAGAAGGUUGGAGGAGGUCAAGAACCGAACGGAUGAAGAUAGACGGAGGGACGAAGUGAUCAGGAAAGAGGGUGAAAUGAUGGCAAAGAGAAUCCAGGUAGCCGAGGAAAAAGAAAAUAGCGGUGUAGCCUACGAAACACAGGUUGGCAUCAACAGGAAUCUAUUUGAAGUUGGGGGCCAAGAGGCGACCAGGCGACCAGAUUGUUCGGACUUGCCUCUGGGACAAGAUGGCCGACCUGCACGUACCGAGGAAGGCAGGCAUAAAUUGACGGACCAAAGAGGUGAAUCCAUGAGAAGCCAUGGUGAGUAUCUCCAAUCGGACGACGACGCGGAACACAAAGCGCCUUCGAGCUAUGAGAGAUUCUCAGGUCUCGAUGGAGAUCAUUGUGAGUUGGAAAACAUCCCUGACGACCCCGAAGAUGCAUCUUUCGACGACUUGCAAGCUUUGCACGUUCGAAAAGACCAGCUGUACAAAGCACAGGAAGACUACUACUGUGCCUUGAGACUCCAGAUACUUGCUAGAUACCAGAGGAUGCAUAUGAGAUACUUGAGAGAGGUACGGGCCAUGCGGACCAGGAAGAAUGACGACGUCCAAGACGUAGGGGUACCAGCAAGAGGCAACGGCUGGCCAAAUGAGAGGAAAAGCGCCAAACCUAGAUGCAGAAAGCGGCGCCGGACUUCAAGUCGACAUCUUCAGCCGCAAAAGGUAGUCGAUGAGACUUUCGAACAAAAUCAGUCCGAGAUUGAAGACCGCAUCAGCUUCUACAACUUUGGUUACGAACCGGAAGACGAGCAUUUGACGAGAGAGGAAGAGAUACAGUUGCUGCCUUUGGACAUUGACAUAGCCGAGAUCCACGCGAAACGAUAUGAACUACGAGAUCGCUUUCCCGGUGGGUAUGAAAACUCCGAGACCUCGCUUAUAGCGAGUGGUAGAGCCUUCUAUGCGGCUCGUCGGCUGAAGCUGUGGAAGAUGCGACAAGUUACUACGACCGAGAGUGCUCAAGUCGAGGCUGAGAGUCAGUAG